CGACAAAUAAGUCCCUCGCCGAUGAAUAAUUUCUGUCUAGUAACCUCACCAUGAUCCUGAGCACGCCUUCAGGUCAGCAACAGAUGUCCGAGUCCGAAUGUCGCCGACAACAAAGGAGAAGAAGAAGACCAGCAGUUACAUGCACCGUUUGCAGGAAACGCAAAAUCCGAUGCAACCGCGAGUACCCUUGUAACAACUGCACUCGUUCGAGGGAUGCGGUCUGCGUCUAUGAAGAGUACCCUCCUCUCAAACAGCGAUCACUCAACACAGGAAGAGAGCCGACUGUCAACGUUGUUAGUGGCCAGACAUCUCCUGGGUCGACGGGGAACCCCCCUAGCAUAACAACAAGCAGCACCUCGACGGCUCCCUAUCACCCUGGUACUCCAUUGUCGACAACGACGGCGACGGCGACGAACCUCCCCAUCGAUACUUUGAUGAUAGAAAGUCCCACCAGGACACUGGACCAGAGUAGUCGAGACAUUGCACCGGCACCUUUGACUCGGGAAAUACCUGACCCUGCACAAUGUAGACAGGACUUUUUCGGCGAACCUCGAAUACUUGGACGGACGGUGUUUCACAAAUCCCGCCAGUUCGGUCAGAGUCACUGGAUGAAUGGUGUUGCCAUGUUCGGAGACUUAUUACGUCUCGUCGAGUCUUAUAUGCGCAAAGAACCCACGGUAAUUCCAGCCGGGUUGCGACGGUGCAAGGCGUUGGCAAAAGUCAUCAAAUCAUCUCGCUUACCAGCAUGGCCGACACCGCUCGGUGAUGAUCUACCGCCGCGAGAGGUCGUGGAACAUCUCAUCGACAAUUAUCUCGGCACGAUCGAAUCUGUGUAUAGAAUCAUACACAUCCCCACGUUCAAAAAGCAAGUUGCAGCACUCUGGACUUCUUCUUCUUCUUCUGCUGCUGCUGCUGCCGACGGUUCAACUUCAACUUCAACUUCUUCUCGUCGCGACACCGCUUUCAUGGUUCAACUAAAGUUGAUCCUUGCCAUCGGCGCCACGUACGACCAGAACUUUGGCAUGCGCACGUCCGCUAUGCGAUGGGUCUACGAGGCUCAGACCUGGCUGAAUACACCAAACUCCAAGAUCCGGUUGAACGUGCAAUCCUUGCAGAUCCACAUCCUACUGAUCGUGGCACGAGAGCUCGUGGACGUCUGCGGAGACUUGACGUGGAUCUCGGCUGGCGAAUUAUACAGACGAGCGAUCUACAUGGGUCUGAACCAUGACCGCCCCAAUCCUACCGGGUCGACGGUAUUUGCCACGGAAAUGCGCCGACGGCUGUGGAACACGAUCCUCGAAAUAUCUCUGCAGUCGAGCAUGUACUCCGGUGGCCCUGUGCUUGUGUCCCCGGACGACUUUGACACGGAACCCCCCACCAACCUCGACGAUGUCCAAUUGGAGGAAAAGUCUCCCACUGUCUGGGCCGAGGAGGUACAUACUCAAGUGUCGACGUCGAUCGCUCUGCGGAAAUCUUUUUCGGUACGUCUGGCCGUCGUCAAGUUCUUGAACGAUCUCAGAGUCAACGGCCGAUAUGAGCCGAUGCUACAACUGGACGGGGAGAUGAGAGUGGCAUACAAGACUCUCACUCGAACAUUGCAGGGCAUGCUGUCACCGUCGUGGAACCGAUCUGUACCCAACAACUUUGAACUUUUGACCACAGACCUCAUGAUGAAUCGGUACCUGAUGAGUUUGCACGUCCCGUUCUUUGAACAAUCAAUGCAUGAAGCCGCGUACGCGUAUUCGAGAAAAGUGGUACUCGAAGCUUCCUUGAAGAUAUGGUACAUGGCCUACGGGUCAUCCUCUCAGCAAGUGGGCGGACGUGGUAUUGUCGGUACACCACAAUCCACUCAAAGUCAGAGUCAAAGCACGUCAUCAAAUUCUUCACCAGGUCUCGCCGCCACAUCCGUAUCCGGAUACGGCUUCCACCCAGUUUACCGGAGUGGUGUCUUCCAAGCGUCGUGUCUGGUGGCCGCCGAACUUCGUGCCCAGCUGGAAGAGCGUGACGAGGCCGGCAUGGGCUUCUUCACGCCCUUACGGCCCGACUUGUUGCCCGUCGUGCAGGAAGCCAAGGCCUGGUGUCUCCGCGGAGUGCGCAUCGGCGAGACGAACGUCAAGGGGUACUUGUUUUCUUGCCUGAUCGCCUCACACAUUGACGCCCUGCUGCGCGGUAUGGACAAGACCGAAAUCCCGGGGUUCUUGUUGCAGGGUGCAGAAGAGGCCAUGAGGGAGAGCAUUGCGAUAUUGGAGGAUCAUGCUGGUGUGAGUCACACUCAGAACGAUGAUCGUCGUGAUGAUGAGAAUGGUAAUGGUAAUGAAAAUCGAGUUGGAAAAGAAAAACCAAGUCGUCAGAGUUCGGUUUUGGCACCGUCGACGCUGUUGCCGUUUGAUGAAACUCUUUUACAGGACGACAAUGCAUUCAUGACUCCAGAUGGAAUGUUCGAUUUCGGUGACAUGGGUCUUACGGAAUGGGGAUUCGAUGACGACAACAACAAUAAUGUUGAUGAUGAGUAUCUUGCUGAUGUUUCCUUUUGGUGAUUGAUGGCUUUUGAGACCAUACGAGCUUGUUACUCGUCAGUGUGGUGUAGAGAAAUAGACAUUAUACGGGCUACUCGAGUCAAAAAAAAGGGAUGUGGUGAUUGAACAUGAAAGGUUGUACUUAAUAUGGACAGUACACUUUCUGUAACGAGACCACGGAAUGAUCACCUCGUGAGUACCACGGGACGCAUGAUGACUGUGUAUAU